AUGAACGAUUCGUCCUUUAAUAUUGUUAAUCUCUGUGAUGAGAUAUUACUCACUAUCUACAAUAAACUGGAUAACAUGGAUGUAUUAUAUUCACUUAUAGGUGUCAAUGGAAAACUCGAUAGAUUGGCUCGAGAUAUAACAUUUACACAAUGUGUUGAUUUAUCAAGAAUAUUUUCAAAUGAAAAGAAUAAUCUCAGAAAAAACUCGAUAAUCGAUCGAUUUUGUUUCGAUGUGUUACCUCAAAUUCACGAUCAUAUUCAAUCUCUUACUCUUGAUGCACUAUUAAUAGAUCGCAUCCUUCAUCUUGCUUCUUAUCCUAAACUUCAUCAACUAACUCUUCUUAAUGUUCAAUUUGAAAUGGCAUCUCGUAUUUUUGAUGGUACGUCAUACCUUGUUUUCUAUGUCAGUUAA